CCUCAUAUUUCCUUUGUAUCACAGAUCACAACUAAAAUGAUGUUAGUAUGUUUGUUGUGAUCUGUGCUUUGUAUAUUUAUUUUUACUAUUCCCAUAUGUAUGGUGAAAGUUGUUUAUUUGUAGUUAAUUAAUGCACCAUGUCGUGAAGUACAUUUAAAUCAAUAUUAAAUAAGUUCCACUUGUAUUUUUCAAGACUAUAGUAAACAUUACAAAAUGUUAUCCCCUGAAGAAACCAUAAAUGAUUCAGAACCUCCAGUUGCUUCCAGAGGUCUCUUGAGGAGAAUUUCUGGUAUUUUCAACCGAAAUCAAUUGGGAUCUUCAACUGGUGGUAGCUUAAGCUACAUAGAAUUUGGGACAAUCGAAGAGUCGAGUACUCGAACAUUAGGAACCUUUGCUGGUGUUUUUUCCCCAGUGACAUUGUCAAUGUUUUCGGCCCUCAUUUUUCUAAGAAUGGGAUAUUUAGUUGGAAAUGCAGGUUUAUUAGUAAUUUUACUACAGUUCGCCAUAGCAUAUGCCAUCUUGGUGUUUACAGUCAUGUCAGUGUGUGCUAUAUCUACUAAUGGAGCAGUAGAGGGAGGAGGAGCAUAUUUUAUGAUAAGCAGAACUUUGGGUCCUGAAUUUGGCGGAUCUAUAGGAACAUUAUUUUUUUUAGCAAACAUAGUGAGUAGUGCACUUUGCAUAUCCGGAUGUGUCGAAGGUUUAGUAGAAAAUUUCGGACCAUCAGGGUAUUUUGUGAAGGGCCUCAUCCCCGAUGGAAAAUGGUUUGAAUUUCUCUAUUCUACUUCAUUGAACGUUUUGAAUUUUCUGGUGUGCCUCAUUGGAGCUUCAAUGUUUGCCAAAACAUCAUUUUUCAUUUUGGUUGUGGUUUGUGGAUGUUUGAGCAUAACAUUUUUCACCUUCUUUUAUCAAGGAUUUCUAGAGGUUUCCAUACCAGAUUCUAAUACUCUUAUACAAAAUGCAAGUGAUCACGUCUUCAGAAAUUAUACAGGCUUGCAAGGUUCCACUUUGCAGAGUAACUUGUGGCCCCAAUAUGGAAGAGAUUACACAGCAAAAGGUCAAUUAGUUACUUUUGCCACUGUAUUUGGAGUACUGUUCUCAGGGGUAACUGGAAUCAUGGCUGGUGCCAAUAUGAGUGGUGAAUUGAAAAAUCCUGGAAAAUCAAUUCCUAGGGGAACACUUUCCGCUGUAGCUUUCACGCUUGUUAUAUACCUAUCAAUAUCUUUACUGACAGCUGCCACAUGUACCAAGGAACUAAUGCAAAACAACUAUUUGUUCUUGGCCGGCAUCAGCGUGUUUUCACCUAGUGUUGCUAUUGGGUUACUAACAGCUACCUGGUCUGCUGCUCUAAGUAAUGUUAUUGGAGCCUCCAGAGUAUUGGAAGCUCUCUCCAAGGAUAAAAUUUUUGGCUCGCUUCUAAAUUUCGUUCCAAGUGGUACAUGGAAAGGUAACCCUGUUGCUGCAGUAGUGGUUUCAGGUGUUCUGGUACAGUUGGUUCUGCUCAUUGGUUCCCUCAAUCUUAUUGCCCAACUGAACUCUGUUUUGUUCCUAUUAAGCUACUUGGCAACAAACCUGGCUUGUCUCGGUCUUGAACUUGCUGGAGCUCCUAACUUCCGUCCGUCUUUUAUGUAUUUCACGUGGCACACUGCGUUGGUAGGCCUUUUAGGAACAAUCAUCAUGAUGUUUGUUAUCAGCCCGAUUUACGCAGCAUGCAGCAUACUGUUGUGUCUACUGUUAGUAGUAUUUUUGCAUUUGUUCUCUCCCUCUAAAGAGGCACAAUGGGGCAGUAUUUCGCAGGCAUUAAUAUUCCAUCAGGUUCGUAAAUACCUUCUCCUUCUGGAUUCUCGCAAAGACCAUGUGAAAUUCUGGCGUCCACAAGUCUUACUGUUAGUGAACAGUCCCAGAUCAGCGUGUCCGCUCAUAGAUUUUAUUAAUGAUCUUAAAAAAGGAGGGCUGUACGUGCUGGGUCACGUGGAAACUGAGGAACUGAAGGAAAAUGGGCCAGAUCCAACCAUUAACCAAACUUUACACUGGUUAAAUUUGGUUGAUCAUUUGAAGGUGAAAGCUUUUGUAGAACUGACUGUUGCGAGAACUGUUAGAGAGGGACUACAACACUUGAUGCGGUUGUCUGGAAUGGGAGCCAUGAAACCUAAUACUGUUAUUCUCGGGUUUUUGGAUAGGCAGGAUCCGCACGAUUUUUUGCAGAGUAAUGAUUCCCCCUAUUGCAAUCAAGAUUUUGAAAAUGAUGUAUUUCCUAUCAGAAGUCGAAAUACCUUAGAACCACUGGAAUAUGUUCAAAUGAUGAGGGACGUAUUAAGAAUGAAUAAAAAUUUGUGUUUGUGUCGGAAUUUUUCCAAACUGAAGAAGGAUUCUAAAAGCGUUAGAGGCAAAAAAUACAUUGAUGUUUGGCCUGUGAACUUCUUGAAUCCUGGAGAACAUGAUGCUUUCGAUACAACUUCCCUAUUUAUGAUGCAACUGGCCUGUAUCGUUAACAUGGUUCCCUUGUGGAGCAAACUAAAGCUAAGGCUAUGUAUUUGCGACGAGGCUGUAACCAGUUACUUCUCUCUCACUUCUUCAGCUCAAAGCCACUCUGACAAAUUGAACAAUCUUCUGAAAAAACUGAGGAUUGAGGCAGAAUUGUUUCCCGUUAAUGGAUGGAGAAACGUCAUCGAGUCGCAUGGAAACAACGAGAAUGCGUACAUCAACAGUGUGAAUACUUUGAUAUUACAACAGACAAAAGAAACUGCUGUAACCUUCAUUUAUCUUCCUGUGCCGCCUUGUGAUGAUUCCAAGGCAGAGUUGUUUUAUACCAAUUUAGAAACUUUCUCGAAGAACUUACCUCCAACUAUUUUUGUACAUGGUGUCAGCACUGUUACUUCGACUACUUUGUAACAGCAAUUUUAUCAUUUUGAAAUAACUCAUUUCUAUUAGAUACAAUUAUAACUAUUUUAUGAAACGACA